AUGUACGCCCAUUCUCAAAUCGAGACGUGUUCUCCUCGUGUACUGUGGAGAGAACAUCGAAAAACCAGACGGUUACGGGAAUGGGACUCGCUGCCCUGCUUCAGACUCAGACUUGAGAACCGCCCGCUCUUCGAGUGCCAGGAAUGUCGCUUCGCAAACGCAUUUGGUAUCAUUUGUCCAUGGUGCUUGUGUGCUUGUGAAGAACCACUCUAUCGCGGAGUACGCAGACGCGUCAGCUCCCCAUCUUUGCUCAGUAACGCGCAGAAGGCACAGCUGAAAAGGAUAGAGAGGCAUUCUUGUGCAGCUCUGCGCGAAAGCCGGUUUACUGCACCAUGCACAUCGAAAUUGGUUACAGGUCCUGGGGAACGCCGCAAAAGGCACCGUCACGCUGCGAUAUAUUCGGCGACAGAUGUUGUGGCGCAGGCCUCUGUGGACGAAGGACUUCAGUCAGUUGCACUGCACCUCAUGCAACUGCAGAAGGAUCCUGUGUCACCUGCGACGUCUCCAAUGCCUUCUGCUGAACUCGAGGACGGCGAUGCAUCAAUUGAGGUCGUUCACAUUCCUCCAAGCCCGCCGACGUCGUCGACUCCGUCGCAUCGGACGCUACGACACAAACCUGGAAGACUUGUCUUACACCAGAGAUCUUCCGGUUCUCUGCGCAGACGUGCUACAAUCUCCGAAUCCACAGCACCUCACAGACAAGGGAGAAGUAUGCGCUUCCCUGUCCCCUCGGGGAAGGUGGAUGCACUAUCGAGUGCGUCGCAGCCGCGCCACACAGAAAUGGACGUCCCUCUCGGUCAUCCGCGUCGGCCGCUGUACACCGCGAUUCGCAACAACAUGUCUCCGCCCAGAAUAUGCGAAGCGCCAAAGUUUACCGGGCACGGACCCCCUCUUCCGGCCGUAGACGAUAGAGUGUCGCGGUCGCUCGAUCUCCCACGGCCUACGCCAGACGCCUUGCGUACAUUGACAGCGCCGCAGCCUCCUCGUUUCUCGACGUUAGACAUGCACACGGGGUGGUCGGCCAGCGGCUUAGCGGAGCUGCGCAUGGGUCUGGCCAGGGAGUCCGCAGGGGAGGGCGUCCCGUACAAGUACAGCUUCCGCGAUUCGACGCAUGACAGCCCCACGAAGAAAGAAGGCAAGGGCCUUCGUGGGGGACUCAGAUAUUUGCUCUCUCGCAGGAACUGA